CUUUCGUAUCAGCGCGGUGCAUUGUGGGACGGCGGCGGUGGAGGCCUAUACAGGCAGCAGCACUUCUGAGUGUUUAAUACACGUGUGUUUAUAUUGUUAUUGUCAUAUAUCAGUCAUAUCAGCGAUGGGGCAGGAGGACCUGAUAAGCUCGGCGGAGGACGUGGCGGAUCAGUUCUUGCGGGUCACGAAGCAGUAUCUGCCUCACGUCGCUCGCCUGUGUCUCAUCAGCACGUUCCUGGAGGACGGGAUCCGCAUGUGGUUCCAGUGGAACGAGCAGAGAGAUUAUAUAGAUGGAACCUGGAGCUGCGGAUACUUCCUCGCCUUGUGCUUCGUGCUGCUCAAUCUCACAGGACAGAUCGGUGGUUGUGUGUUGAUCCUCAGCAGAAACUUCGUUCAGUUCGCCUGCUUCGGGUUGUUUGGCAUCAUUGCACUACAGACGGUUGCCUACAGUAUUCUGUGGGAUCUCAAAUUCCUCAUGAGAAAUCUGGCUCUCGGUGGAGGAUUGUUGCUGCUUCUGGCCGAGUCUCGGUCUGAAGGGAAGAGCAUGUUCGCCGGCGUGCCGUCGAUGGGAGAAAGCUCCCCGAAACAGUACAUGCAGCUCGGCGGACGCGUUCUGCUGGUGCUGAUGUUCAUGACGCUGCUGCACUUCGACUCAAACUUCUUCUCUAUUCUCCAGAACAUGGUGGGAACGGCUCUCAUCAUCCUCGUGGCCGUGGGAUUCAAGACUAAACUCGCGGCUCUGACGCUGGUGGUUUGGCUUCUGGCCAUCAACGUUUACUUCAACGCUUUCUGGACAGUGCCGGCGUACAAACCCAUGCAUGACUUCCUGAAGUACGACUUCUUCCAGACCACGUCUGUCGUCGGAGGCCUGUUGCUGGUGGUGGCGCUCGGCCCGGGCGGCGUGUCCAUGGACGAGAAGAAGAAGGAGUGGUGAAGACGAGGAGAAGAAGACGAGAAGAGGAAGACUGCAA